AUGGAGCAGGGCAGAGAGACCUUCUGCUGUGACGAGGACACAUUUGGCAAUGUCUAUCAAAUGAUGACAACUCUGGGACGAGGAGCCUUUGCCACAGUCAAACUGGCCUUUCACGUGCCCACUGUCAGCUACGUGGCUGUGAAGAUUCUGGCAAAUGGGAAGGGGAACUGUGCCCGGAACAACAAUGAGGUUGAUAUAAUGAGAUCCCUCGUUCAUCAGCACAUAAUCAAGUUCUUUCAGGAGGUGCAGACACGGGAGAUGACGUAUCUCAUAAUGGAUUACGCCUCAAAAGGGGACCUGUUGCGUCAGAUUCGCAAACCGGGAGGCUUACAGGAGUGCGAGGCUCGAAGGCUGUUUGCACAGGUAGUACAGGCAGUGAAGUACUGCCACGACAACUGUAUCGUCCACAGGGACAUUAAAGCUAAUAACAUCUUGAUCGACGCCUCUGGGAAUGCCAAGCUCUGUGAUUUUGGCCUGGCAGUUAAAGUUGUCCCUGGGACAAAACUAAAGACUUUCUGCGGCACUCUGGCCUACUGUGACCGGGAACUCUUCGGAGUGGAGCCAUACGAUGGCUAUGCCAGCGAUGUGUGGAACUUAGGCGUGCUCCUCUACUACAUGGUGGCCAGGCACCUUCCGUUCCAAGUGAGCUCUUCUGCGGGCUUGAGGCAGCAAAUUCUGGCUGCAAACUUCAGCGUUCCUCAUCAUGUCCCAAGUGACAUUUUUAGCAUCAUUGUGGAACUCCUGAUGAUCAACCCCGACAGGAGGCCCACCAUCAGCCAAAUCCUGAGGCGCCCCAUGAUCAGGGACAGCAAGGCACAGGCAUCCUGGAAUUCCAUCCAGAGUCUCCCAGGCACCCCGAGCCCUAGCAUUGUCGGCACCAUGGCAGGCAUGGGUUACCAACGUGAAGGAAUAAUUGAGUGUCUGAGAGACCAAAAAUACAACCAGGCGAUGGCCAAAUACCUGAGUCUGCAACACCGGGCACCGGGAGAGACUGCUGCCAUCACCAGGUGA